UUUCAGUGGAAAAUUAAAAAAUGUUGAAUUCCAAAGUUAUGAUGCUGCUGGGGGAGCGAUUUUCGGAUAGAUGUUAGGCAAGUUCCACAAAAUUGGCGUCGUUAGCAGACCCUCAGCAUAUCGAUAUACAAAUAUAACGAGCUGUAUUUGUGUAUAAAUGCAGUCAUAUACAUUGCCCAUAACAGUUGGCAUACUCACGGGCCUCGUGGGUUUCGUAAUGGGCGCAUUGUUGCAACAGGAUGCAUCAUAUCGUGGCAUACAGACGGCCAUGGCAAGUGAUCCCUAUAUCUAUCAAAGUCGUCAACAAAUCUAUGGUGCAUUGAGACUUGUGGGACAACAACGAACUGUUCCAUUGAGUGGUGAAGAUCUCAACGAUGAGGAGACGCCAAACGAUGAAUCAGCUGUGAAUGCUAUUCAGUCGAGUGGGGAUCAUUCGUGUGAAUCACAGAGUACGGAGGAUUCCGUUUUUGCCAAUUAUGUACGCUGGUUUCAGACCAACAUGCAAGCGGUGACCAUGUUCUUCACCUUCUCGCUGGGUGAUGAGCCACUGUUGGAGAACGAACCCGCCACCCAUGUUGCCACACUCAUGAAAUAUGGCUUUCCAGGCCUGGACGAUAUACACGUUUAUCGAAAUUUCGUAUUAUCGUACGAUCGACGUAAUCGUAUUGCCCAUUGGGUGUGUGAGCAUCUAAAUGGCGAUAGCCUGGCAAGUGAUGAGGUGAAUGUUGAACAAAAUCUGCUCGAAUUCAAUGUCGAUUCGAGUAUACCGCUCAUGUUUCGGGCAACUCCGAGGGAUUAUCGUAAUACCGAUUGGGUGGCCGGUCAUAUGGCAUCGCCGCAGAACUACAAAUGUGAUGAACUCGACUAUAUCGAGACAUAUCUAAUGUCAAACAUAGCGCCAUUGAGUCGUGGACUCAAGACAAAUAUCUGGGCACAACUGGAGAAAUAUGUAAGGGAAUUGGCUGUCAAAUGUGGUUCAGUCUAUGUUUACACGGGUCCAUUAUUUAUGCCGCAACGUAUUACAUUCCGUAAUUGGGCCAUACGUCAUCAGGUCAUUGGCAUGAACACGGUUGCAGUGCCCACCCAUUUCUUUAAAGUCAUUAUCGCUGAGGGCAAGAAUAACAAACAAUAUCCCUAUGUUGAGGGCUAUGUGGUACCCAAUGUGGAUCUCGAUAAGAACAUCGAUUUGAGCUCAUUCCUAUCCGACAUCCGUGACAUUGAACAUUUUGCCGGACUCAAGUUCUUUGAUGGUAUACGCGGACCGCACUUUCAUAACAACAAUUGAACAAAUUCGAUCAUAUCAUUAAUUGUUUUCAGCUCCCACAAUUGGUAUUCCAGAUUGUUAACAAAUUUUCAGUAUAUAUUCAAUGAAUUUAUUGAAAUACAUGAAAA